CAAGGUCAAGUGCGAGCGUCCGAGUCAUUGCUCCUCGCGUGCGCAAGCGCUUCGCAUACUAGCGCUCACCUCGGGUUGUAGUGACCGUGUUUGUUGACCAUCAUCAGAAUGAAAAUAAUGCAGAAACUGAUCUUCUUGUGUGUGGUGUGCGUGGCGCAUGCGCUCGGCAAUAGUGAUGACCGGUUCAUCAAAAAGUACGCCAUGAUGAAGAUUUAUGAAAGCUGUUUCGGUCCAGAAGUUGUAAAACAAAUUCGCAAAGAAAUGAAGGAUGCCUAUACAAAAUGUUCAGCACCGCCAUCUUUCGAAGAAGCCCCGAACUCUCACGUACCACCCAUUUUCCUUGGCAAAUUACCACCAGGCUUUUCGAUGGACCCCAACACGCAAACUAUAACGAAACCGACAGAUGGCGCUCAACACCCUGAACAUGACAAUAAUUUACAAGAUCAAGGACCACAUCCACAAAAAACACCUGGCAAUAUUUUCGCUUUCCGACCACAUUCUGCCUUCCCCCAACAGCCUCAACAGCCGAUUCCCCCCUACAUGAUGCCGACCAGUCCCCAAUUCAGGCCGUUCAGUGCCCCAACUCCCUUCUACCAGUUCCCGUACAACGCCCCAGGACUCUUCUACCCCCCUACCCCGCAGUACAACCCUUACGCAUAUCAGCAACAACAGUACUAUCAACAGCCUAUGCCACAGUACUUUGGUGCCAGUAAUAGGAUGUCGCGCGACAUGGACCUGCGUGACCGUCUGGAAGUCAUCUCCCGUGGUCCAGCAGCCGGGAAAGUCCGCAACAUCACCUGCGUGAUGCAGGAAUUGGGUUACAUCGACCACAACUUGGAGCCGAACUACGAGCAAAUCACCCAGAGGAUCGCAAACUUACCCGUGUCUGUCGAGCUGAAGGGAGACAUUCAAGAUGGCCUACAGUUUUGUCAGAAGUUCUCGCAAUGCGUUCCGGACGUGAAACGCGACGUGGCGCCACUUUCUCAGGAGUUGAUCAAACCCAUGUUCUUCUUUAGGUGCUACAAGCAUAAGAAACUAGAGGCGUGCAUCAUGAAGGACAUCCGGGAACGUUUCACCAGCGAGGACGAGCUCGACACCGACACCGAUUUCAGGUCGCUUUCGAGAUCCGCUCGGUCUAUCCGUGAAGACCUAAAUGACCCCAGGUUCGAAGCAUUGGACGAGAUGGCGGUCUACUUGUACGACUACCUGAGCGGGGGUAACGGGUUCGAUUUCGAUCUUUACAUGUAGAAGACUGAUGGUUAUCAUAGAUAGAUAGAUAAGAUUUAAGUAGAAAGUAGUUUCCGCGAAUUUAUUUUUGAAAAAACAAAAUAUCAAAUUUAAUGCUAUCUUCAAAUGGAACAGAGGUCAGCAAAUUUUGGUUUUGUACAAGGAUGCCUACAUGCUACUCCUAUCAUCUGAAACUUUCAAGAAGUCCUUAACGCAAUAAAGUUAAGGUCUUCAUAAAAAUAUCGUUAUUUAACCUACCUAAAUAGUUUUAGGGAGAGUUGUCUUCAGCUCCGUUAAUAUGAAUACUCCGUAUUCUGAGUAGGUAGACAUAGAUAAGUCAAUUAAUUUUCUGACAAAUACUCGCAUAUUUAGUUCUUUAUAAGAGGAAUUUUAUAAAUCAUAAAACGAAUUUAAAUUAACAUUGCCAUUAAAGUCGCAUUUAGUUAGAUUAAGAAACCGGUCUUAAGCCGAGAUUAUUGGAUACUCAUUUGAGGAAUAAAUUGGGGCGUUGGAUAGAUUUAAUCCUUUUUUAUAGUAAUUAGAAAUAAUUAUAUAUAGUGGAGCCAUGUAAAAUAAUUAUGGUCUAACAAAAAAGAAAAUAUAUUUUGAGACAAAAAUUCCUUCAAAAAAAUUUUAAAACAAAAUUAAUCGGUAUAUAUUUACUCUUUACAAGAAUAUUUCAAUUUUCGCUGGCAAUUUACAUACAAUAUGAUAUUUCAUUGCAGUAAGAAAAACAAUAGCACACACAAAGACAAAACAUUCCUUUUUUUAAUAAUUUUCAAACAAUAACUAAGUCUCAAUAUAAGAUUUUAUAAGAAAUAUAUUAAGUAAGGUAAUUUUAAGUAAGCUUCAAAUAUUUAUUCAUAUGAUCACGUCUACAUCCCUCGCAGGGUAGACAGAGCCAGCAGCAGUCUUGAAAGUCUGUUAUGUCACGUUCAGCUGAUAGGUUAAAUGAUAGAAAUGAGAUUCAAAUAUUGUACAGCAAAAAUUAAUAGAUGUCUUACAGAUAUACAUCUUAAUUAAGCUUAAGAUUAGUCUUUUAAGCUUAAUCUUUAUCAACGAUAGUAAUUAUUAUUUUACUUCUUAUCAAAUAAAAUUUUCCAAAUUUUUUGAAAAAUUCUAGGGAAUUUAGCGAUGAAUGAAAAUACUAUUGUUACUUAGAUUUUGGUUUGUGUCAUGUAGACAAAUCUUUAAACAUGGCUUAUGGUUAUUUUUGGGUCGUUUGCUGCAAUCAAAAAUCUUUUUUAUUACAAUUGAGAAUUGAUAAAAUGUUGAUAAAUGGAUAAAAUCAAAAAUCAAACAUAAAGGAUUUCAUUGUUUUCUUUUCAUAAACUAUUUUCAGAGGAAUUAAAGUGGUACUUGAAUAUGUUGACUUGAAAUCCAAACGAAGAAAACCAGUAGGUACAGUUAAGUGCAGGAUGGCAACACAUAAUUUUAUUGUCUAGUCUAUCAAUAGCAUCAUGUUCAUAAAUGGCAGUUUUCGUUGCAAAUAGGUAGGUAAUAAUUAAUUUUUCUUAACUUUUUCUUGCUAUCUGUACCACUCAAACGACCGUCAAAACUUUUACUUACAUGCGUCAUCCGUCAAUCGCUGGCAUAUUUUUUCCUGUCUUUGCGUCUGUCUUUGUCAAAAAAACAGUAGUCAUAUUUUUUUUUUCUGUAUUCAAAUUGCCGUUUGACGGUUACAAAACAUUGAAUAUAAAAUUUGUAAAGUCACGAGAAUAAUAACUAAUUUACAAUGUCAAGAUGUACAAGGCUACAACUUAAUUAUCGAAGACGUUUAAAUAAACUGUGUACUAUCCAGAAACCACUGGGAGAAACCCAACGCAAUGAGAUAAGACAAAUUGAGAUUUGACAUAGAAUGGAUGACAAGUAAUUUCAAGUCACAAAAAUGUGUAAUUUGAUCAGGUGAGCAAAAUUGAAUAAAUCAAAACUUUUUACUUGAUUUUAUUAUUGCUUUUAGAUACGGGUUACAAUUUUUACUGCUUUUUUACAUAAAUUUAUAUAAGUCAACUCCGUCAAUAGACUAAAAACUAUUUUAUUUUCAUAAAAUAUGAUUAUGAUUUCGCAGCAAACAGAUAUGUUCUUGUCCUGUUAGCUUCUCGGAAGCUUUCACGAUGACAACUUAAUAGUUGAUAAUUAUAAUUUAUUGUAUACAAAUUAUAGUAAUUACCUUUGGAAAUUUGACCUACGUCAUAGUGAAUUCA